AUGAAAUUCUCACGAUUUAUUCCACGGUCCCGGACCCCAGGUCUGCCCCCGUACGGUGUGCAGGAUUCUAAUAUAUUCGAAAAUGGCUACCGACCGUCACCACCCCCGGGUGCAAUUACCCCCUAUCUCGGACUCCGAUCCCGUCUAUCCCAAGUCUGGUUUAACCGAUGGACCAUACUGCUGCUACUGAUUCUCGCCCGACUGCUCAUAGCCAUCGGUUCUCUAGGAGGAAACCUGUCCUCUGCAAGGAGAGAAGCCCUGUCUGCUUGCACAGGUGUGGAAUCCAUGGGUAGUGCCAUGGCCUCAAUGCCGCAUUAUAUGUCUAGGGGGGUCAAUGAGCUGACCGCUUCAGGGGUUGAGAAGGCAAUUAACGGACUUAUGUCGAUGUUGGAACUUCUUGUUACUGGAGUAGAAGAGAUAUUUGUUUUCUUCGUCAAUGUCUUGACGCAAACAUACCUCUGUCUUAUCACGUUCGUUGUGGCUGGAAGUCUUAAUGCAGCUCUCGACGUCCUCAAAAAGGCAACUGAGUUCAUUGACGAAGCGGCUGGUAAGAUUGGAAAGGGACUCAACGAUGGAAUCGAGGGCUUCCAAAAGGCAGUGAACGGCAUUUCCAAAGGUAUCAACUUUUUGGGUGCGGACAUUCCCAAAUUAGAUCUUGGCGGGCCAAUCAAGGAACUGGAAGAUUUAUCACUUCCGGAUUCCUUCACCGAGGACCUCAAAAAGCUCAAGGAAAAUAUCCCGAACUUUGACGAUGUCAACAAAUUUACAAAUGGCGUUCUCCGCGCACCAUUCGAAAUGGUAAAGAAACUCAUCAAGGAUGAAAUGAAGGAGUACAAAUUCGACCGAUCCGUCUUCCCUGUACCGCAAAAGGAGCAGCUUACAUUUUGCAGUGACGACAAUGGCAUCAAUACGUUCUUCAACAGCCUAGCUUCUCUUAUCGCGAACGCCAAGAAAAUAUUCAUUGGUGUUUUGAUUGUCAGUGCGAUAUUGGUCUGUAUUCCAAUGGCAUAUCGUGAAAUACGAUCCUGGCGCUCUAUGAAGGAGCGAUCUGCCCUAGUGCGAAGAGAUGCCCAUGACCCUAUGGAUGUUGUAUACAUCGUCUCAAGGCCCUUCACUUCAACAGCUGGUCUCAAAUUUGCAAAUUUGUUCGGCUCAGACCGCAGAGAGGUGCUUGCGCGAUGGGUUGUGGCUUAUGUAACAUCUCCACCGGCGCUUUUCCUACUCUCACUCGGAAUUGCUGGGCUUUUCUCAUGUGCCUGCCAGAUAAUCCUCCUAAAAGCUGUGCAAAAGGAAGUUCCAGGCCUAACAAACCAAGUCAGCCAAUUUGCCGACAAAGUCGUGUUUUCUCUCAAUAAUGCCUCCGAGCAAUGGGCCAUCAGCACCAACCGUGUCAUCGACGAUACAAACAACGAUAUCAACGGAAAGGUUUUCGGUUGGGUGAACGAUACCACAAAGUCAGUCAAUGAUACGCUCAACGCCUUCGUUGAUGAGACGAGCAAAGUUCUCGACAAAAGUUUCGGCGGCACAAUCCUCCACGACCCUAUUAAGGAGGUCUUGAACUGUCUCAUUGGCUUGAAGAUCAAGGGCAUCCAAAAGGGCCUAACCUGGGUAUCCGAUCAUGCCCAUAUUGAUUUUCCCAACAUGCGCAACGACACGUUCUCCCGAGGCGCAAUAGACAGUAUAAUGGGAGAAAACAACACAAAAGCGGAUAGUUUCCUCGCGAACCCAGGUGACAAAUCAGCCGACAAGAUCAGCGCUACAGUCCUGCGCGUCACGAACUCGAUCGAAUCUGGUAUUCGAACGGAAGCGAUAAUCUCUGUUGUUAUCGUCUCCAUUUGGGUAUUCGUUUUGUUGAUGUCUAUCAUCCGAGCUCUUAUGCUCUGGUUCCGCCCUGGAAAGACUCGCGGUGAUGGCAAUGGUGAUUCUGAAUUUCCUCAUCCAGCUAUGAUCUCGAGGGAUAUGCAAGGAUUCAUUGAUAUUCCUCUGAGAACUCCUGUUCACGGUAGGCCAGCAGUGGUAGAUGCCUCUGUACCCGGAUAUAAUGCGAGACCCACAAUAACGGUACAGGGUUUAAAUCGAGCCCGCGACGCGGAGGACUAUUACCAAGAGCAGAAGCUGGGAUUCGCGGGUCACCGGGAGUUGAGAAGGGACGGUGAAGGCCACUCGCGUAAAAGCAGCUACGGGGAGGUUGAAUAUGCUAAUGAUGUCAAGAAAUAA